GCUAAACGGGUUGGAUUCUCUAAAACGGGUCUUCUGUCGUGUACGCUGGAGGAAUACAAUUGCGCAGGCGAACUGAGCUAGUCGUCAUCGACUUUGUUUCUCACUUCUCUGAACCUCUCUCCUGCUAAUUAACCGCCAUGGCUUCGUGUUCUUCUUCUGCUGCCAUUUUUACAACCCUCAGGCCUAUGGCAAUUUUGAGUAAUAAUUCUCGCAAUUUUCACUCGCUCAGGCCCCAUUUGGCACCUUUCUUGAAAUUCAAGCCAAGUUCCAAGUCCAGCCUUUUGUCCAUUUCUGUCGUCCGAAAAAUGCCCAGAAGAAAUCUUCAAGUGAAAUCAGUUGCUGCACCAACAGAAUCAGUUGCUGGCUUUGAUGAAAUGGUCUCUGGAACUCAACGCAAAUAUUACAUGCUUGGUGGAAAGGGGGGAGUUGGAAAGACAAGCUGCGCUGCAUCACUUGCUGUUAAGUUUGCAAAUAAUGGCCAUCCUACUCUAGUGGUUUCAACUGAUCCUGCACAUUCCUUGAGUGAUUCAUUUGCCCAGGAUUUAACUGGAGGAACUCUAGUACCUGUUGAGGGUCCGAUUUCUCCACUUUUUGCCCUUGAGAUAAACCCUGAAAAGGCAAGAGAAGAAUUUCGAACUGUCAGCCAGAAAAAUGGUGGAACUGGAGUCAAAGAUUUCAUGGAUGGCAUGGGUCUAGGGAUGAUUGCGGACCAGCUUGGGGAACUAAAGCUUGGAGAGUUGCUGGACACACCUCCUCCAGGUCUAGAUGAAGCUAUAGCAAUUUCAAAGGUUAUUCAAUUCCUUGAAUCAAAAGAGUACAACAUGUUUACUCGGAUAGUGUUUGAUACCGCUCCCACAGGUCACACAUUACGACUUUUGUCAUUGCCAGACUUCUUGGAUGCAUCGAUUGGGAAGAUAUUAAAGUUAAGGCAGAAAAUAUCUGCAGCUACAUCAGCCAUAAAAUCUGUCUUUGGCCAGGAAGAAACUCAACAAAAUGCUGCUGACAAAUUAGAGAAAUUAAGGGAGAGAAUGAUAAAAGUGAGAGAGCUUUUUCGUGACACAAACUCUACGGAGUUUGUAAUUGUAACAAUCCCCACGGUGAUGGCAAUCAGUGAAUCAUCAAGAUUAUGUGCUUCCUUACGGAAAGAAAGUGUUCCUGUCAAGAGGCUGGUGGUUAACCAAAUCCUUCCACCGUCCGCCUCUGAUUGCAAGUUCUGUGCAAUGAAGAGGAAGGAUCAAACACGAGCUCUCGGCAUGAUACAAAAUGACCCAGCACUCUCCAGCUUGACGAUGAUCCAGGCACCUCUCGUUGAUGUAGAAAUCAGGGGUGUACCUGCUCUUCAGUUUUUAGGGGACAACAUAUGGAAAUGAAACCUCCUCGUACUAUCAGCUAUCAAUGCAGAUCUUUGUGCAGUCCUGAAAUGCUACUGCAAUUUCACCAACUACAUUAUCUAGACAGCCUCAGAAUGGUCUUGUUAGAACUGGACUAAGCUUUGGCGCUUGACUUCAGAAUAUUGGCCAUGAGCUGCCAAUUCGUUUGUAUCAUCACAGUGCUGUCAGAUACAAGCCUUCCCAAGUGAAAAUCCCUUGAAACUAAUAAAUGAAGGGGAAGAUGACUAUAGCUUGGUUUUGCUUCAAGGAUCCUCAUUUUCUACACAAAGGAGUCAUAGGAAAAUCAAAUUACACAUGAACUAAUAUCUUUCCUGGAUAUAUGUCGUAACUAACUGAUUGUGUACUUAUACGCCGUUAAUAUUUAUAUAUAUCUUACCUUUGAAUUCUCUGGAGUUGGCAUCUACAAAAACCUUGUCUGAAAGGGUUGAAGGAUCAUUGUUUGUUAGAGAAGAAGUUACAAUGAUAUCAAUGUGUAUCUGUUGAACGUGAACUUGAGAAAUUAUUGUCGUUCUGAUUUUGAACACAAGUUCUCAAUCUUAA